CUUUCCCUUAUUCAAAAGUGGAUGGUCGUUAGAUAUCCGUCUGCAGUUCCUCUUCUUUCUUCUUCGCCAUAAUGUCGAAUCCUGAGGCCGACGUCUUCAAGGUCUCCAUCCUCGGGAAGGAAUCCAUCCACUGUGGUUUCCAUCUCGUCCCAUACAUUGUCCGCACUGUCAUCAGCACUUUGCCGUCGUCGAAUUAUGUCCUUAUCACCGACACCAAUGUUGCCAAGUGGCAUCUGGAUGCGUUCGAGGAGGAGUUUGAUGCUCGCGCUUCGGCGGCAACACCCAACGGUGUAGCGUCUAAACCCAAUGGUGCUGCGCUUAAUGGUGUCACUAACGGGACGCCAAAGCCUCAGAACUUUCGGUUCUUCACCUAUGUGAUUCCGCCUGGGGAGACGUCAAAGAGUCGGGAGGGUAAGGCCGAGAUAGAAGAUUUUUUGCUGGCCAAUAGAUGCACCAGAGAUACUGUUAUUCUGGCUUUAGGUGGUGGAGUAAUUGGAGAUCUUACUGGAUUCGUUGCUGCCACUUUUAUGCGUGGAGUUCGCUACGUUCAAAUACCCACGACGUUGCUAGCUAUGGUUGAUUCUAGCGUCGGUGGCAAGACCGCAAUCGAUACCCCGCUUGGCAAGAAUUUGAUUGGAGCCUUUUGGCAGCCUGAAUAUGUCUUCAUCGACGCUGCGUUUUUGGAGACCCUUCCCCCUAGAGAGUUCUCUAAUGGUAUGGCUGAAGUCGUCAAGACCGCAGCUAUUUGGGAUGCCGAUGAAUUCGCAUCGCUUGAAUCUCGGUCGACCGAAAUUUUUGCGGCUCUCCAGUCUUCCUCGGCAGCAACUCAUGCCGGUCGUACCAAGGCUACUCGUUCACAUUCCCAGGAACUUCUACUUUCAGUUAUAGUUGGCUCUAUAUCUGUCAAGUCUCACAUCGUCACUAUCGAUCCCACGGAGACUGGUCUCAGGAAUCUAGUCAAUUUUGGGCAUUCCAUAGGCCAUGCCAUCGAAGCAGUCCUUACUCCGACUAUACUUCAUGGGGAGUGUGUUAGCGUUGGCAUGAUACUGGAGGCUGAGCUUUCGCGCCAGAUGGGAAUUUUAAGCCAAGUUGGCGUUGGGAGGUUAACAAGGUGUUUAAAGGCUUACAACCUACCGGUGUCGCUCAGUGACCCACGUAUUGGAAACCUUCCCGAAGCGAAAGGACUAACAGUCGAAAGACUGUUGGAUAUCAUGCGCGUCGACAAGAAGAAUAAGGGUGAUGAGAAGAAGAUUGUUAUUUUGUCUCGUAUCGGCAAAACAUGGGAAGACAAAGCGACUGGCGUGAAGGAUGAGGUCAUUAGGAAAGUAUUAGCCGAGAAGGUCAUGGUUGUCCCAGGCAAGCCCCGCAAUGAUCCCAUCGAGAUGUCGACUCCGGGUUCGAAGAGUAUAUCCAACAGAGCGCUUGUUCUGGCGGCCCUGGGGAGUGGAACCUGCAGACUGAAAAACUUGCUUCAUUCGGAUGAUACUCAAGUCAUGAUGGCAGCCCUAAUGGACUUACAAGGAGCCAAGUUCUCAUGGGAAGACGGAGGAGAGACUCUUGUCGUUGAAGGCGGGUCUGGAACUCUAUCUUUACCUCCGAAAGGCAAGGAGAUCUACUUGGGCAACGCCGGGACCGCGGCCCGCUUCCUCGCCACUGUUUGCACUCUGGUCAGCAAACCAUCUUCUGCGGGCGAUGCAUCUACGACUGUCAUUACGGGCAAUGUCCGCAUGAAGCAGCGUCCUAUCGGUCCAUUGGUCUCUGCUCUCAAGUCUAAUGGUAGCGAGAUUGAGUGCCUUGAAGCUCCAGGCUGCCUACCAUUGUCCAUUGCCCCUAAUGGAUUGAAGGGAGGCGAGAUUUAUUUGGCUGCAAGCGUGUCUAGUCAAUACGUGUCUUCAAUCCUCUUAUGCGCCCCCUACGCCGAGGAAAAAGUCACUCUACACCUUACUGGUGGACAAGUGAUUUCACAGCCGUAUAUUGACAUGACAGUUGCCAUGAUGAGGUCUUUUGGCAUCGAUGUUGUUAGACGCAAGGAUGAGGCAACGGGUCAUCUGUUGGAUAUCUACGACAUACCAAAGGGAACCUACAGGAAUCCUCCGGAGUACAGUAUCGAAUCUGAUGCUAGUUCUGCGACGUAUCCUCUGGCAAUCGCAGCCAUAACAGGGACGACUUGUACCAUCGAGAACAUUGGAUCCAAGUCGCUGCAAGGUGAUGCACAGUUUGCGGUGAAUGUCUUGAAGAAGAUGGGAUGCGAGGUUGUGCAAACUGAUUCGGAGACUACGGUGAAAGGUCCUGCCGUUGGAGGAUUGAAGGCUAUCGGAGAGAUUGAUAUGGAGGUGAUGACUGAUGCCUUCUUAACGGCCUCGGUGUUAGCUGCUUGCGCUCCGGGCAGCACCAAAAUCAGAGGAAUUGCGAAUCAGAGGGUUAAGGAAUGUAAUCGUAUCAAGGCUAUGAUGGAUGAGCUCGGACCGGGCGCUAGUGUACACUGCUACGAUGACCAUCGCGUCGCGAUGGCUUUCAGUGUCCUUGGUUGUGUUAUUCAAGGAACCACCUGGCCGAACUGGUGGGAUGAUCUAGAAAACAAGAUCGGUUUGUUUGUUAAAGGUGUCGAAACAUCUACCCCGGCUGCUGCGAUCGCCUCAGCCAGCGGAACCGCCGAUCACACAUCGUCCGCUUCCAUUAUCUUGAUCGGGAAUGCGCGGUUCGGGAAAAACUUUCGUUGGCGACCUAGCCGCCUCCAGAAGCACCGUAUGGGUGUCCGCCAGUUCGUGCACGAUCAUGGCUGGCCGGCAUUCCGUGCAGAGGAGGCUGUCAUCCUCAAGGAAUUGUUGGCCCAGAAUGCCGAACGACAUGUAAUCAGUCUUGGUGGCGGCGUCGUCGAGUCUCCUGUUUGUCGGGAGAUGUUGAAGGAGUAUGCAAAGUCGAAGGGUCCAGUGGUGCAUAUUAUGAGGCAGAUCGAAGAGGUUGUCAAAUACCUUGGAGUUGAGGGGGCUCGUCCUGCGUAUGGAGAGCCAAUCAUGGACGUUUUCAAUCGCCGAGAGCCUUGGUUUAAGGAAUGCUGCAGCCAUCACUUUGUGAACAACGUUGGGUCAUUGUUAGGAGAUGAUAAGCGAACCAGCGAUGAAGUUGCUCGAUUCUUUGGGCAUAUCACUGGAAUCAAACCUAACUUCUGUGCGAACUUGGCUCCAGGAAAACGAUCCUACUUCCUCUGCCUCACAUAUCCCGAUCUCACACCUGCGCUCUCCCGUAUUGAGGAUUUGACGGCAGGCCUGAUUUACUUACGCUCUCCUCUAGACUUUGGAUCAAUUGGACAGUACAUCCCUUCGGAUACUUAUGUCGCUGCACAAAUCGCCGCGCUUCGUCGCUCGACAACUCUGCCUAUCGUGUUUACUGUCAGAACGCUGUCUCAGGGAGGUGCAUUCCCAGAUACAGCCGAGGACGAAAUAUUCGAGCUGCUACAUUUAGCGUUACGGGUUGGCAUCGAGUAUGUGGACGUUGAAAUCUCCCUCCCGCAGAAGAGGAUCCAGGACUUGAUUGCCAAGAAGGGCGCAUCGAAGAUUAUUGCUUCUUGGCAUGAUAUGAGUGGGAAGAUGAAGUGGAAUGGUCCAGAGGUCAAGGAGAAGUACGACUUGGCAAAGAAGUUGGGUGAUAUCGUCAAGAUUGUCGGUCAGGCAGAAACUCUGCAGGACAACUUUGAUCUUUUCAACUUCGUUCAGCGUAUGGAUGGCGUACCUAAUGCGAAGCCUUUCUUGGCUAUCAAUAUGGGUGCUAACGGACAGAUUUCUCGUAUCCUGAAUCCUACCUUUACGCCAGUGACGCAUCCCCUUCUUCCUAACAAGGCUGCUCCCGGACAGCUUUCGUUCGUACAAAUACAGAAAGCGCUUCAUCUCAUGGGUCAGAUGCCCGCUCGUCGUUUCUUCCUCUUCGGUUGUCCAAUUGCCCAUUCUAUGUCCCCUACGCUUCACAACACCGCGUUCAACCUGCUUGGAUUACCCCAUGUCUACGGGCUGCUAGAAACCCCAGAGGUUGGCGAGGAGAUAAAGGCUACGCUUGCUGCACCCGACUUCGGCGGCGCUUCUGUGACGAUUCCGCAUAAACUCGAUAUCAUACCUCUUCUCGACAAGCUUUCACUUGCAGCCGAGUUGAUUGGAGCUGUAAAUACUAUUGUUCCUAUUCGCGAAGGCUCGGAAACGGUUUUGUACGGCGACAACACCGAUUGGAUAGGCAUUCGAAGCUGCAUUACUUCACACAUUGCUGUUGGCGGCAUACACUCUGCUCUAGUGAUUGGUGCGGGAGGUACAGCCCGAGCGGCUAUUUUCGCCCUCGAAUCCCUCGGAGCAAAACGGAUCUAUCUUUUUAACCGUACUCACAGCAAGGCCGCAGCGUUAGCACGAGUGUUCCCUGACGCCAACAUCCAUGUGCUGGAUAAGCUCGGGCAUUGGCCGGAAGGGAACGUACCACCUAAUGUGAUAGUAUCCACUGUUCCGGCUACCGAGACUACGACUGUACACGAACCCAGUCAUCUGAACUUCCCCGACAGGUUAUUCGACUUCAGAGAUGGGCCGGCGGUAGUCAUUGAUAUGGCUUACAAGCCUAUCGAAACCCCUCUUUUACUGCUUGCAAAGGCGACCGCCAAGAAUUGGACUGCCGUUCCUGGCGUUGAGGCGUUAUUGGAGCAAGGGUUCGGUCAGUUUGAGAUGUGGACGGGACGACGCUGCCCUAAAACCGCCGUCUCAGCAAAGGUCUGGGAGGCGUACCUACAACCGUAAGAAAGUAGAUCCUGUGUAUGUAGACGAAUCGUAGAAUUUUGAUUUUCGGUGUGGG